GAUCCCUCCUGCGGCUCAGAGCUGGGAGUGUGAGUGAAUGUAGCCCCGCAGAGCCAAUGAGCACGGACCGGAUGCGAUAUAUCCUCUGGGACAACAAAUACUCUGUUCCUCCUCAGUUCCACAUGACGCCAUUUACUGCUGCUGCCGCUGCAUAUCGCCAACCUCUCCUGAGAGCCAGAGAGCGCAGCACUGAGCACACUGGCCGCAGCCACUAACCCGCUGCACAGUCCCAGCCUGCUCACUCUCACAACAGCCAGUCCCAGCACCGCUUCUUCCCUUGUGGAUGAAACUUCUGGCUGAGCCCGGAGUACUGUGCGCUGCCCGGCCGCCUGCGCUUCGCGACCUCAACUUGUUUUUCUUCGCCUUGUUGUUUGGAGCCCUACUUCCUAGCGGACUGUGCGCGGCGAUCCCGGGAGCGGAUUUACUGGCAGGACCUGCAAACUUUCCGGGGCGAGGAGUUGUUGGGCAGCUGCGGUUACGGAUUUCAGAUGUGUUCUCGGUCUACUGGAGUGAAAACUCUUCAGAGUACUGAUGGAAGCAAGAGUACAAAAUGGCAGCUUAUCCCAACCUUUACUCCAGGCUCGGCGUGACAGUGGGAGACCAAAUGGUGAAAUUGACCCAAGGGAUAUUCUCACCCAGCAAGUUCAUGUUUUGUCAUUGGAACAGAUAAGAGCCUUACGGAACACUAAUGAGUAUACCGAAGGACCUACCGUGGCUCCCAGACCUUGGGUUAAGCCGGUUUCUCAUCAAACUAUCCAGCACAAAAAUGAACGAAUACAUGUGGUAACAGACCAGAGGCAGUUUAGUAGGAGUCCUCUUUCACCAAUGCAUUCCUCAUCUCGGGCAUCCUUGUCUCGGUCCAUUAGUACAGUAAGUACAGGAUCAAGGAGUAGUACAAAGACAAGCACAAGCAGUAGUUCAGAGCAAAGACUUUUGGGUCCAUCCUUCUCUUCUUCGGAGAUGGGUGCUGAUCAGAUAAUUCGAGUACAGCCCAAAGUUGAGCUGAAACCAGAGGAGUUAAAGCCCUCAAGCAAAGAAGACUUGGGCUUACAUGCAUACAGGUGUGAGAGCUGUGGGAAAUGUAAGUGCCAAGAAUGCACUUAUCCCAGGACUCUUCCCUCUUGUUGGAUAUGUGACAAGCAGUGCCUUUGCUCCGCACAGGAAGUGGUUGACUAUGGGACUUGUGUUUGCUGUGUCAAGUGCCUGUUCUAUCACUGCUCAAACGAUGAUGAGGACAAUUGUGCGGACAACCCUUGCUCUUGCAGUCAGUCACAUUCCUGCACGCGAUGGUCUGCCAUUGGUGUUAUGUCCAUGUUCUUGCCUUGUUUAUGGUGUUAUCUUCCAGCCAAGGGUUGCCUUAAAUUGUGCCAGGGCUGUUACGACCGGGCAAAGAGGCCUGGAUGUCGAUGCAAAAGGUCAAAUACAGUAUGUUGUAAAGUUCCUCAAUUACAGGCCAGAAAUCUGGGAAAGCCUACAUAGCACAAAUGGAAUUAAAUAAAAGUAGUUGGACUUACUUUUAUUUUAACACACACAUGCAAUCAUAUAAAGAAGCCAUCUCGGCACACUUGGCAGAGAACAGUGGGAUGUUUUCCUGUUUGCAGUGAAAUGUUUAUGCCAUAUUAACUGAUAGUCUUGUUAGAGAAUGGGUAAUCAAGCUCCAACUAAGAGCCAGUGUUCUGUGACACGUAUUAUAUAAGCUAAAGCAACACAGACACUACUACAUAACUGUGCAUUGUUGGUGAAUAAUAUUUGCAACAUAUGUAAAUUAGCAAAUGACUUUCAUUUUUUUUGUUUGUUUCUGCAGAGAUAAUGUCCUAUAUUUUUGUACAUAUACAAUAAUAUUUACAACUGUGAAAAAUAGUGCCACAGUAAUGGCGCAAUCACAAUGUACUAAUAUACGUUGAGAGGAAUGUGAAUCUAUCCGAAUGGUUAGGUUGUGCGUCGCCUUAUUGAAAUCUUAAUAUUUCUACUCUUUGGACUGUCUGUAUAUUGUACAGUUACAGUAAGAGUCAGCCUUUAUUUUCUAAUUUUUCAACAUAAUGUUUAGUGUAAAGUAUAUUUAUUUGAAGUUUUAUUAUUUUAUAAAAGAGAAAUAUUUAUUUUAAGAGGCAUCUUACAAAUGUUCCCCUUUUUAUGAUGUCAGUUUCUGCAAUUAGGGGUAACUGAUGCAUAUGUUCACUAUAAAAUAGAAAAUAUAUUAACGUUUGAAAUUAAA